CACCGCUGGCGACACAUUCGACUGCAUGCCGCAGUUGAGCGGCGACUAACUACUAACCUGCACAGGAACAGGACAGAUAUUGUUUGCGCGACAUUGCGAGCGCGAAGAACUGGCUGGAAGUUUCCGAUAGUCGGCGGCGCAUGACUGGCGACACCACAGCACGGCCAUUGGACAAAAGCGGAAUCGUCAACAUCCCGGACAUCAAGAGGGCAGCCGCAACCCACGCGCACACCACGAGCUGCGGCUAUCUAUGUCGUAGACACCGGUGACGACAUAGACCGCGACCGAGCAGCUGUGUUUCGACGUCUCGUCACUGCACCCCGCCCAGCUCAUUCCCCUGAUCGCCGCACGCUGUUGGCAGUCGCAGCCCAACCCCCACCGCCAUCAUGACGACCACCGGAGCGCAGUCUUCGCCGAGCCGGGGAGGAUGGAGCAGCCUCGAGGAGGAGCUGGCUUAUUACAAGUCUCAGUACGAGACGCUGGAGAUGGAGCUGCAGGAGUUUCAGGCAUCAAGCAAGGAAUUAGAAGCCGAGCUCGAGCGCGACGUCGAGGAGAGCGAGAAGCGGGAGCGCAAGCUGCAGGAAAAGGCAGAGAAGCUGGGGUUCGAGGUUGAGGAGUGGAAGACAAAGUACAAGCAGAGCAAGGCCGAGGCCAACAAUGCGCAGAACACCCUCCAGAAGGAGAUCACCACGAUGCGCGAAAGCCAACGCGCCCUCCAGAUGCGACUCCGCGACAUCGAGGUACAAAGCGACGAUUUCGAGCGCCAGGCACGCCAUCAGACGUCAUCACUCGAGGACGUGGAAUCCAAGUACAACGUGGCUAUUGAGCGCAGCGUCAUGCUGGAAGAAGAGAUCAAGAUCGGAGAGCAGGAGCGAGAAGCGCUGCGGAUAGAAACACAGCGACUUAGGGACGAACUGUCGGACCUGCGGGUAGAGGCGGAAAUCACGCAGGAGAAGCUGCGCAUAGCAGAGGAGACGAUUGAGAACCACCACGUGCGCAAGGUAUCCAACCAUCUCUCUGGCGAUGCCCUGAGACCACGCUCACCGGUUUCUGAGGCAUCGACCACAGCAACCACCGUCUCCUCGCCCACAGCUGCUUCGACCCCACCACACUCGAAAGCAGACGGCCUACACACGGACGCGACUCCCCCUUCGCCACCGCUGUCCGACGCACCCAUCACAACUAGACAUGUACUCUCGACGCCCAUGCCCAAGCGAAAGAACUCGUAUGCGCCGCUGGACCCAGGUGCAACCCCUCGCGCCGGCUUGUAUCAGCGAGCCCCAAGGCACUCACGAGGGCCCAGUAUGUCAGCAUCGCGACCAAGUACAAGUGCCAGUGGGCGGGCGACGCCCUCUAUACGAACAACUGCACCCGCUUCGCGAGCACCUAGACCGAGCUUUGGAAGUGGUGCACCGCCGCCAAGUUUGCCUAGGUCAGGCUCGCUUGUUCAGGUUCGUGGGCUGAUUGGUAAGAUGCAGAAGCUCGAAGAACGGGUACACGCAGCACGAUCCAAGCUCCCUGCGCCAACUACGACGCCACCGCGAGCCAGCCCCCGGAACGGCAGCGCCAUGGGACACCACGUACCAAGUACUGUCACAUUGAGGAGCGGCAGGAAGCGCAGCUCCCACGCGUCAGCGGGCUCGUCAGUCCCUGGCGCCUACGAGUCGGGUGUAAGCCGGCUGUCAUUUGGCAUGUCGACCUCGUCGCGCGAGCCCACCAGCAGCAGACCUGCCAGCCGAGCAUCCAUGUCGUCGCAGUCAGCAAUACAGCGGCCGGCAAGUAGAAGCAGCACGCGAACGCCACUCGGACAUUAUUCGUCUUCGUCCGUCAGCGGAACGGAGCCCCGGAUGCCAAGGCCAAGGAGCUCUAUGAGCGGUCAUGGCCACUCGCAUUCGCUGUCCAUAUCGCGGCGGGAUACAGACACCAACAGCGACGGAAGCGGCGUCUCAACACCAAUGGGCAGGCGACUUACACUGGAGAAGACAGGCAUACCUACACCAAGCGGGAUACCCAGGCGUCAAAGUGCAGGGCGCAGGGCAAGCAACAACAUGGACAACGGCGACAUGGCCCCCCCUGCUCGGCCACGAAAGAUGUCGACGCAGGCUGAGGAGGAAUCAUACUAGGAAGGAACGGCGCAUCGACAGGAAGUUAAAGGACCCGCAGAACCACGUGCGUGUACAUCUGGAUCAGUCUCCGGUACAUGAUUUUCACGGCACUAUACCUCACGCAUUCUGGAGUCGGGUUCGCAAGGCGCAGUUGCUAGAGUUUUGGUAAUCGGGAUAGGGACGGGGUUUUUGGUGCAGGUUGGUCUGGCAUGGUUGCACAUAGGGACGAUGAAGAAGGGCCGUCUUGAGAAGAAACUCGAGAGGUCCCCGGCUCCUUUGGGGGUAGUUACAUAUUACUUUUACAUUCAAUUUCCUUUGUUCGAAACCAAUAUACCCCGAAUUCCAUUCACCGCGAGGCUCGCCAUUACUUCUGUGCACAUCACCUCUUCUGUUUGUUUCACAUCUUAAUCUCGAGAUACUACUA